CCUCAGCAGCUUUGCAGCAGCGGGACGAAUGACGGCCUGGUAGAGGAAGUUAGGGUGCAGCUGCUUUGCUAGUAUGUAACCCUGCACGAGUGGGCAACGCUAUCGCACCACCGGAGAGGAAGUGGGCAGCAUUGAUGGAUAUAGUGGACACCUUUAAUCAUUUAAUACCCAGUGACCAGUUGGAUGAGUCCCUGGUGAUAGGUCAGAAUUUGGAAUGUGAAGCCAGUAAUGAGUUUGGGACAGCUGGACCCAGGCUGGAAGAUUCCCUGAAAAACAUGCUCAGUGACAAAGACCCCAUGUUUGGGUGCGCAAGCGCUCAGUUCAAUCUGCUGGACAACGAAGAUCCUGCUUUUCACAURGCUGGCUUGGCAAAUUCACAGAGUGGUUCAGCAUCUGCAGAAGUCAAAGAUGAACUGAAUGUUGCAAAUGCCUCACAAAUUAAACAUCCCACUGGGAAGAGAAGGAAGCGUCUAAACAGUUUAGACAGUGAUCACGGUGAUGACCAACAGCCUAAGAUGUCGACAAACACGUUAAUCAGAGGACGACCUYGAAGGAAACGCGCCAACAGGCUGAGCAGGGCAUUCCUCAUUGAGAAAGGAAUUAAAGGAACACAGCUGAAGAAAGACUUGGUUCUCGGAGGGCGCGUUAACAUUAAUGAUCUUGACAGUGCAGUSUGGCUGAAUCCAACCGUUGUAUUGAGACGGCUGACGGUCACAAUUGGAGGAUUUAAAAUCGAGUUGCUUCCAGGACCCUCUUACACGCAGAGUGUUGAUACAAGCCAGGCGGAAUGUUUCGAUGAUGGCUUUUCUUUUAGUGGUGGUGACAUGGGUUUGGGUGUCUUACCACCGGAUGCUGUCAACAUACAGAAUGCUAAUCCAGAGAAUGAGGCAGAGAUGGAUGUAACUGAAGAGAGCUUGACGGAUGACACAGCUCUUGGGCUGGGCCCGUAUGUGAACCCUAAUGAUGUGCAGACCUCUAAUGGGACAUUAAUGGAGAGCCUUUGCACAGAAGAGACAAAACAAGACAAUCAGAAUGUUCCAGAAAAUAAAAAGCCAGUCAGUAAAAGAAAGGAUGGGGUCAAACAUCCACAAAGCWGUGAAAACGACACAGCUGCUGCUGGUGAAAAGGCUGAUAUUAAGGAUAAGCAUCAGGCUGUAGUCAAAACACUGCUCAAGUCCAAACAAGGACCAAUACCUAACAAGAACAAGGACUUGAUUUUGUGUAAAACGAGCCACACGAUGAAGGAGCAUAACGAAURCCAAAACAAGCCAUCCAAACCUGUCCAAAGAGGAGACUUGCACAAAACAAAACCUCUAAAGGAUAAACAAGCCGUUCCACCUUUGAAAAGGUCAGCUGAGAACCCUCAGAGUGAACCCAUUGCUAAGAUGCAAAAAGGACACGGCGCCGGAGAUGACAAGUUAAAGCCAAAAUCACCAACUACACCAAACCCCGUCGCAAAGAAGAGCCCGUCGUCUGUCGGUCGUUCCGGUGAUCACCUGGGAUCGCCCAAACAACGGAAUCCUCACCACAUCUCUAAAGCRGAGCCUGAUCACCAGGCGAACAGUCACCCAGGCAGUUCUUCAAAACAUCCUCAAGAGAGCGGGCAGGAGAAGUUUAAGCUGAAAAAGCUCGAAAAGGUUCUCGCAAAACAUAAAAAUAGGAACUCGAGAAGCAUCUCUGUGGAGGAGCCGGAGCUGUUUGUUCCGGACAACGCUCCCGCUGUGAAGAAGGAAACCGCUGAAGAACAGCCUGCUAACAGCGAGGCCYUUUGGGAUGGAAACAACUGCUGUGGUCUGUGUAAAAAACACCACAAUAAUAUGUUCAUGGUAGGCUGCGGUCGUUGUGACGACUGGUUCCAUGGAGACUGCGUCGGUCUCGACCUGGCCAAGGUACGCGAAAUGGAAGAAGAGGACCAGAUGUARGUUUGCUUAAAAUGUUGCGAAGAGGAAAGCAAGAAGGUGGAGCCUGAACCUCCUGCUGCAGCCAAGCCGGAAGCUCAAGAAAAGACAGAGGUACAGGAUCAUAAACUGGAUCAUAAGCUACAUCCUAAGUCCCGUCCAGGAUCCUCKCAGCCACUCGCAUCAGGGGGUGUCAGACCAGUAAGAAUGCUUAUCCAUCUUCUGGACCCAGAAAGGAGGCAGUCCUCAGAUGUUCAAGAGGCAGCUCAUAAAACAGGUUUUUACUCGAAACACGAGACAAAAAGCAAGGCUCUUUCCAUGGCUUCUAAGAAACCUGUUUCUGGGGAGGCAGUCAGAAGAAGUGUUCGUGAUUCUCUGAAAGAAAUCCUCACCCAGAGGCUAAAAGAUUCUGAUUUGAAAAUAUCAGUGGAGAGGGCCUCUGAUGUCGCCAAGAAGACGGAGCGAGAACUGUUUCACCUGUAUAAAGACACAGAUCACAAAUACAAGAACAAGUACAGAAGCCUGAUGUUUAACCUCAAAGAUACAAAAAAUAAUGUUUUGUUCAGAAGGGUUCUCAAAGGGGAAAUAUCUCCUAGUAACCUAAUUCGCAUGAGUCCUGAGGAACUGGCCUCCAAAGAGCUGGCUGCCUGGCGACAAAGAGAGAACAGACAUACAAUUGAAAUGAUUGAAAAAGAGCAAAGGGAAGCAGAAAGACGACCCAUCACUAAGAUUACCCACAAAGGUGAAAUUGAAAUCGAGAGCCAGGAACCAAUGAAAGCACCAGAGCCUGUAGAGAUUGAGCCUCUUCCCAAAGUGAUCGAUGUUCCACCAGAACCCCCCAAACCCCCAGAGAAUCAAGUAGAAAAUGUCAAAAUGGAAAAAGACACUACAAGUCAACACAAGUCCCACCUAUUUGAUCUUCACUGUAAAAUCUGCACAGGUCGUAUGGCCCCUCCUGUGGAGGAGGCAACAACCAAAGUGAUGAAAGUUGCCACCACGGUGGUUCGGAGGCAGUCYACCAAAUCAGAGGAGUCAAAGAGCACGACACCACCUGCAGCCGACGAUGAACUGCACCUGACCGUUUUAGAAGAGAGUUUCCGAAAUGCCCACUCAGGCUUUGAAACGAGGUUGGAUCAUGCAGCUGGAAGAGAUGAAGAAGCGUCUUUCCUUACUAACCUGAAGUCCCUGUGGCGAGGAUUCAUCCACAUGCACUCUGUAGCAAAACUUGUGACCAAAGCUUUUCCAGUCUCAGGCGUUUUGGACAACUUGACAGAGGAUCUUCCAGACAGCAUCCAGGUUGGUGGGAGGAUAAGUCCUCAGAUUGUGUGGGAUUACUUGGAGAAGAUUCGAGCAACUGGAACAAAAGAGGUGUGCCUGGUUCGCUUCUCCCCUGAAACAGAGGAAGAUGAGAUCUCCUAUACACUUCUUUAUGCCUACUUCAGUAGCCGUAGACGUUUCGGGGUGGUGUCCAAUAACCUCAAACAAGUGAAGGACAUGUAUCUUAUUCCCUUGGGUUCCACAGAGAAAGUCCCCCAUCAGCUCGUUCCUUUUGAUGGACCAGGUUUAGAAAACAACCGGGCCAAUCUGCUCCUUGGACUCAUAAUUCGCCAGAGACCGAAAAGGGAUUUUCUUCCUGUGGUUGCAACCGAACCUGUCAGGGUUGUCCCUGAAAGCAAGCCCAUCCCCAUUCCCACAAAAGUUACUCGAACCACUGAGGAGGAAGAGAAGUUGUUCCUGUCCACUUUGGCCGCGCCGCCAAAGAAAGAGCUUGACAAACCCUUUGAGAUGACUGAAGAUGAGCCUGUGGCAGAGUCUUCUGAAGAACCAUCAGCAAUGGAGGAGUCCGGCAGUCAGGAACCGCAAAAGCCACUUCGCUUUCUCCCUGGUGUGUUGGUGGGUUGGGGUGGGGAACUGCCUCCUUUGCCAGAUUUUAGUGAUAAGCCACUGCCUACAGAACAAGAUACUCCUCCUAACAUCCAGCCUGCUCCCAAAGAGGAUGCAUCGACUGGUCAUGCUAAAAGUCCAACAGCGACUGCUUCCCGCUUUGUCAUCAAAAAGAAAGAAACAAAACCUGUUAAACCUGAGCCUGAGAUGUUGAGUCCAGAUGACGCACCUGCUUUGAACAGCUCAUCAGGAAACGACCCCGCAAAAGUGGUCCAUCAACCAUCAGUCACGCUGAAAGAUAAACCUCCAGAUGUAUCAACCGACGAUUUCCUGGCAAGCUUGUCAGCUGCUCCGAGUGGUACCGAAACUGAAAAAGGGGAAAGUGAAGGGAAUUUGUUGUUGCUGUCAGAAUCUCAGGCUGCUUCAGAUCACACAGAUGGUUCGAAACCAGGUUUAAGUGGGAUAUUGAAAAAAUCUUCAGCAUAUUCCCCUGUGAAUGAAGUUAAAUUAGUGGUACAGCCGAAGGAUAAAGCCAGCCUCUCAGAUGCCUCAAGCCCCAAACCAGUUCCUGUAAUGAGCAGCACUAGAAGGGAGCCAGUAUUACCAUUUCAUCAAGGAUAUUUACAGCUGUCUCAGGCCAGACACAAACCUGAAGAAACCCCAACAGCUACACAACCAUUUCUCAGUAAAAAGAUUGAUCAUGGCGCUGGAGCAACACUAAUGCUAAAUCUUCCUCAAGAUAUUUCUAUCACAGAACUUGAUUCUGUUACUACUGUGCCAGAACACAACAGCGCAGCUCGUUCUAAUACCGUCUCCACCACAGACACGGACGACAGCUCUUCACAGGCUUCUUCUGGACUUCAGCCACAAAACCCAGAGAGUCUCUCAGAACCAUCUGGCCAAAUCUCCUCUUUGGCCAAAGACUAUAAACGUCUGGAUGAGCGAUAUAAUGACCCUUGGGAGAGGCCGCGGAAUUCUGAAGACCGAGACCAUCACGGGAGGCACGGCUACUACAAGGACUCCCAUCACGGCAAGAAGAGCCGGCACCGAGAGCGGCAUAGCCACGACGACAAGUACAGGGAGAGGAGCAGGCACCACGGACACUCAGAAGACCGUCACGGAGAGAGGAGGAAAGAGAAGCACCACAGCCAAGAGUACGGUAGCCAUCACAAGGACCGACACAGGCACAGACGGGACUCUGAUUACGAAAACGGACGAAGAAGUUCAAAAGACAGUUGCUCGUAAUUUUAUUGUACUUUUUUUCACCUGCCAUCCCAGAGCAUUUGGGACUUUUAAGACUUUUUUUGGCUCCUUUGCCACAUGACUGAUACAAACCGUUUGACUACACUGGCUGCUGGUGGAGUUGUUUUAUACACCAGCGUGUAUCUCCUUUCAUAUAAAUGUUCCAUUUAUUGUUAACAGUUCAGCCAAAAUGACGUUUCAGUUCAAUUCUAAACAAUACAAUUUUUAUUCCGACCAUGCAUAAACGUAAUCUCGGAACAUUUUCAAUUAUUUAUUGUAUAUAUCUUGUUCAUAUUGAGCUGCUGYUCACAGGGUGGACUGUGCAUUGAAAUUACAAGAUGAGAUCUAAUUUUAGCCUAAAUGUUUUACAUCAUAUUUAUGAACCAAUCUAAAGAGCAGCAUAGUCUUUUUUUUUUCAUUGCUUAAAUAUUUUUAAACAAUUUCAUUAAACUGUACAUUUUGGCUUUAUAAUUAUACAUUAGAGAAUAAGUGUGCCUUUGCACUGUGUGUUUAAUGUACAGUUCGUAAUAAAACUAAUCUUUCUUUUUUA